CAGUCUCUGCACCCUGCAGUUUGGUUUCUGUCGGACUCGGUGAGACACAAUCCACAGAAAGGGACAGCAAUGAGGAAAUCGGCAGUGUUUGUGCUUCUGCUGCUGGCCGCGGCGAUGAAGAUGAAUGCUGCCGCAGACACGAGCAGUGGAUCUGGGUCAGAAAAUCCAGGGCAGCAGACCAAAGAAGCUGAAGCCAUGGACUCCGCUCCACCGACACGCACUGAUUCUUCAGCUUUUUUAGGUCACUUGCUGGUGGUGCCAAUGGAUGGGAGUCACUGGGUGGGCGUAAAGGCCAUCGCCGAGGAAAUGGGUCGGCGGGGGCACAGGGUCACUGUGGUAAUCCCGGAGGUCAACAUGCGAAUGGGCCCCGGAAAACAUUACCACACCUUGAUCCAUCCGGUUCCUUUUGACCAGGCUCAUUUAGACAAUGUGAUGUCUGAAAACAAAGACAUUUUGGAAAAGUCACCUCCUUCAUUCUUGGAAAAAGUAAAGAAAGGAUACUCACAUUUCCAGAGAAUUUCAAAUAUAAUCCACACCACUGCAGAGGGCCUGCUGUUCAAUGAAAGCAUAAUCUCACAUCUGGCACAGCAGGACUUCGAUGCUGUACUGACCGACCCCAUGGUGCCUACAGGCUCAUUAGUUGCCCGCAAAUUAGGUCUUCCCACCAUUAAUUUGCUGAGGGGUAUUCCCUGCUCCAUGGAUAUGAUGGCUGCAGGCUGCCCGUUCCCACCCUCAUAUGUGCCUCGGUUUUUUACUGGAUACACAGACAAAAUGACCUUCAAGGAGAGAGUCAUCAACUCUUUGGUCGCUUUAAUGGAACCUCUGAUGUGCAAAUUUCUCUUCUGGCGCUUUGAUCAAAUCGCCGCCCAGUUUUUAGGAGAGGAUGUGGGCAUAAGACAAGUGCUAUCAGAGUCUGAUAUCUGGCUGCUUAGGAUUGACUUCACCCUGGAGUUCCCUCGUCCCCUCAUGCCUAAUAUAAUAACAGUUGGUGGAAUCAACUGUCAUGUCCUAAAGCCUCUUCCUGAUGAGUUGGAGUCGUGGGUAUCGGGAGAGCAUGGCUUUGUGGUUUUUACUCUGGGAAGCAUGUUGUCUGAGCUACCACAACAGACUACAUCUGUCUUCGUAGAGGCCUUCAGACAGAUUCCACAGAAGGUCAUAUGGAGGUACACUGGACCGAUUCCUGAAAAUCUACCAGAGAAUGUGAAAAUGAUGAGUUGGGUGCCUCAGAAUGACCUACUAGCGCAUCCUGGAGCUCGGGCUUUCAUCACUCAUGCUGGCUCACAUGGUCUGUUUGAGGGGCUGUGUCACGCGGUCCCAAUGCUGAUGGUGCCAGUUACCGGGGACCAGCCUGACAACGCCCACAAGAUGGCAAGCAGGGGUGUGGGAGCUAUUUUGAAUAUCAUGUCCGUGACGACAGAAGACAUCGUUGAAAGACUGAACGAGAUCAUCAACAACACCAGGUACAAAGAGAACAUACAGAGGCUGUCCGCUAUUCAUACAGACCGGCCUGUUGAUCCACUCACCCUCUCAGUGUUCUGGACAGAAUUUGUGAUGCGACAUAAAGGAGCAAAGCACCUCAGGGCAGCUGUUCACGACCUCAACUGGUUUCAGUACUAUUGUUUGGAUGUAGCAGCACUGCUGGCCACUGUAGUGGUGGUUUUAGUGAUACUGACAGUAAAAUGUAUGAAACUAUGCUUCAGAAAACUGAGCAGAAAAAGGAAGCAGGAAUAGAAUGUUUGUUUUUCAUCUUGAUCUUUGUACGGGGGGAAAAAAUAUAAUCACAACCUUGAAAAAAUGAGGAUGUCAGAAAAUCAAGUGGCAUGGUGAGCAAAUAAACUUUUAAUACACUGAAAA